GACUGCAGCUUUGUUGCGCUCGUAGGAUGUGGUGUAACUGACAUUUGGGGUCACUUCACCUUUUGAAGCAUGCUGCAUGUGCAGACCAGUUUGAUUAUUUGCAUGAUUGCAGCUUCUGAUUUGAUAGAGCGGUGGUUUGUGUGUGUGCACAAUAGCAUUUACAUGAGGCUUAAAUUAGAAAAAUGAGAUUCAAAGAAGUGCCAUUCUCAGAGCAGAGCAGAGGAAGCACUUGUGAAAGCCCUUUUCUUCCUCUUUUCUUAGCAGCUUUCCUGUGCUGUCUCUUUCAGCAUCUGAAAAUGUCCAGGAAGGUUGUGAGGUCCAGUAAGUUCCGCCACGUCUUCGGCCAGGCCGUGAAAGCCGACCAGUGCUACGAUGACAUCCGUAUCUCUCAGAUGACGUGGGACAGCAACUUCUGCUCCGUCAACCCCAAGUUCGUGGCCAUGAUCGUGGAGGCCAGCGGCGGCGGCGCCUUCAUGGUGCUGCCUCUGAACAAGACGGGUCGUAUCGACAUGAAUUACCCCACCGUGUGUGGACACACAGGCCCGGUCCUGGACAUUGAGUUCUGUCCUCACAAUGACAACAUUAUUGCCAGUGGCUCUGAGGACUGCAGCAUCAUGAUCUGGGAGAUCCCAGACUGCGGGUUGACCACGUCACUCACGGAACCUGUUGUCAAGCUGGACGGUCACUCCAAACGUGUUGGCAUCCUGAGCUGGCACCCCACCGCCCAUAAUGUGCUCAUGAGCGCAGGUUGUGAUAAUGUUGUGAUCCUGUGGAAUGUGGCUCGCGGGGAGGCUGUGGUGAGGAUCGACACUGUGCACCCUGAUCUGAUCUACAGCGCCUGCUGGAACAGGAACGGCUCCAGGAUCCUCACCUCCUGCAAGGACAAGUGUCUGCGAAUCCUUGACCCACGCAAAGGCACUGUCCUGGUGGAGAAGGAGAAACCCCACGAGGGCUCCAGACCCGUCAGGGCGGUGUUCAUGUCUGAUGGGAAGAUCCUCAGCACCGGCUUCAAUCGUAUGAGCGAACGGCAGAUGGCGCUGUGGGACCCAAACAACCUUGGCGAGCCACUGUCGCUUCAUGAGCUGGACACCAGCAGUGGAGUUCUCCUGCCUUUUUAUGACCCUGACACGGGUAUCGUCUACCUCUGUGGCAAGGGAGACAGCAGCAUCCGUUACUUUGAGGUGACUGACGAAGCUCCUUACGUCCACUACCUCUCCAUGUACAGCAGCAAGGAAAGCCAGAAAGGGAUGGGGUACAUGCCCAAGAGGGGUCUUGAGGUCAACAAAUGCGAAAUCGCCAGGUUUUACAAACUCCAUGAGAGGAAAUGUGAGCCCAUCAUCAUGACCGUUCCUCGCAAGUCCGACCUGUUCCAGGAAGACCUGUACCCCGACACCAUCGGCCCUGAGCCUUCUGUGGAGGCCGAUGAGUGGUUUCAAGGAAAAGACGGGGAGCCGCGGCUGGUUUCCUUAAAGGACGGGUUAGUAGCGACCACCAAACCCAGAGAGUUCAAAGUGAACAAAACCUUCCUGAAAACCAUGACUGCUCCCGCAGUGAAUCAGCAGGACAGCAUCUCGGAAGUUCAGUCCCUGAGGAAGGAGGUGAAGGAGCUGAAGGCAGCGGUGGAGGAGCUCACCAAGCGUGUGUGUCAGCUGGAGCAUUAAACCAGUGAGGAGUUCUAAAUAUGAGCAUCAAAAGAGAACAAACUGAGUGAGCGACAGAAGACAGCAGGGAAAGAUUGACCAGGGCUUUAUGAAUCUUUUUUUCAGGAUUUAGGUGCUUGAAGCUUGAAUUUUUGAAUUUGGUUCAUCUUUUUUCUUUUUCUUUUUUUUUUAAAGAAAUUCAUAUUUUAAUAUAUGCUUUUAUUUUAAAAAUAAAGUCCAGUGUUUUCAAAGUACUGGUUUUAUUGUUCUUUAAUCUUACUGAAAAACAAGAAUUACACCGCUUGUUUGAGCAACACAAACUUUGUUCAAUCCCAACAAGAAUGACAAAGAAAGUAAAAAUAAUAUAUAUUUUACAAAGCGUUGGACGUGAUGUAACAUAUCUGAGAAAGAAGUGAAAGAAAAUGCUCCCUGAGGUGCCUUUGGUUAAACAUUACUUUUACAAUGUUUUUUUUUUUUAAAAAAGCAUCCACAGCUGAAGAUGGAUUUCCUGAGGCUUUGGAGAAGUCUGGACAUGUAGCUUCUAAACUGCAGGGAGCGAAUCGAUGAACAAGUUCACGUCGUCCCGUUUAUUAACACCACAGCUCCAAAACAACAAGUCAGGUGAGCUUUGAUACCCCAGAUCGAUUAAAAAACAAAACAAAAAACAACAAGCUUGUUUUGGUGAUGUAAUAUCCCCAUAGACAUUUCUGCCACCUGCUGGAUGGUUAGUGUGGACUCUGAGUUGAUGAUGGAUUAGGAGCAGGUGUUUUUGACAGAGACAAACUUAAUGUCAAUCAGAGAAGUAAACCGCUAUUCUUUGUUUCAGAGCAUAUACGUUCUAAAACACACGAUCCCGACCGAAGGAUUUUAUAUGACCAUAGCCAAACCUGAGACGUCUUCCUUCUCUCAAGUACUGCUGCUCAAUGUGGGGUCCGCGGGCCACAUUUGGCCUGCACUCCCUUUGUUUUGACGCACUGUGGCAAUUUACACAUUCUCUGAAAGCUAAUAGAUUAUUGAUGAGGUUUUUUUUUAUUUUAUUUUGUCAGUCCUUCCAUCCCCAUGCUGCUGCCAAAGCAGAUAAAAAUGUUAGAUUUUUUUAUUUUAUUUAGAAAUCUGAUUUUAUUUAUUUGGCAAUAAAGUACAUGUACGUCAGAACAAUACAGUCUAUAAAAUUGCGGAGGAUAACACAAUAAAGCAUCAGACUUAAUAAUGUUGUGGUCAGAAAAAGAAGACAAAAUACAAAUGAAGAAAUACUGAGUAAAAUAACUAACAAAUGAGAUAAUGUAAAUACACGUGCUACAACAAGAGUUGUUCAUUUAAUAUUUUUUAAUAUUGAAUAUUUUUGAAUUUUCAGACUGACUGAAAAAAAGUUUGGAUUUAAAUGAUUUAAAUAUGUACAUCAGUUUCACAUGAUCAUAAUGUCUCCAACUGACACAAUUUUAUUAUGUACGGUGGCUUGCAAAAGUAUUCAGCCUCUUGGUAUUUCACACAUUUUAAUUUGUUUAUGGCGUUUCAAAUACAAAAAAGUAAAUCAGG